AUGGCACCUGUUGUAAACCCCUUUAUUAAAGCAGGCGACAAUGACAGUGACGGUGAAAUUAUCGAAGACGGGUCAGACAAACAACUGACGGUGAUACCUUUUCAGAUAGAUAAAUGUAGGGACAUUGUUAGUGGGGGAGACGUUGGGGAUAAGGAGUUGAAUGUUGUUAGUAUGACACAUGUGUGCCAGGAAUGUGGCAAAGAUUAUUCUUCAAGAAAAAGCCUUCUACGACAUGAAAGAGGACACAGAAACAUGGGCCCAUACAAAUGCUGCGGGCAGUCUUUCCCGGUGAGAGAUGUCGAUCACUUCCGACGACACAGAGCGAGCAAACACCAAGGGCCGAAAAGCUACCCUUGUACUUAUUGUGGCAAAUCUUUUGUCACACAGCAUGAGGCAAAAGCUCAUGAAAGACGAGAGGAAAAUCCAGCCAUGCAUAUGUGUGACACUUGUAACAUGUUCUUUCCACGGCAGUUUCAGCUUCAGGAACAUAUGGCAACCCACUCAAGUGAACACAAGUACAUGUGUAAUUGUGGCAAGAUAUAUAAGCAUAAAUCCAGCCUGUCCCGACACAGGAAAUGUCACACAAAGAACUGA